UCUACCUUGUUGCCAUGACCAUGGCGUUUCUGGCCAAAGUGAUCGCCUCUGAGACUAUAUCCGAGUGUUACAAAGCGAUUUGUGACAAUGAAGGUGUUACUAUAAACCCGUUUGUUUUAGAAAACUUAGAGAGAACAACGGCGACAAGGAGUUUCACCUUGAAUCUAGCAGGAAACAGGAAGCAGAAAGGCUUCCCGAGACUUACUGACAAUGACGCCCUCGCUCUGUCAAAAUGUCUCCUGAACUAUCCGACCCUUACAGGUCUGGAUAUGGGGUACCACAACAUCAGUGAUGAAGGAGCAGCUUACCUGGCCAAGCUUCUAGAGGCGCAGGACAUGAUGCUGCGAUCUCUGGACCUCACCUUCAACAACAUUGAGACGAAUGGAGCCGAGGUUCUCGCCAGCAGCCUGCAGGGUAACAGCAGCUUGCUCUCUCUCAGGCUAUCGGGGAAUAAGAUCGGUAGAAAUGGAGGCCUGAAAUUGGCCGGCAUGCUGCGGGUGAACAUGACGCUGCAGGAGCUGGAGCUGGGCGAGUGCGACCUGGAAAUGCACAGCAUGAUUGACCUCAGCACCGCUCUGAAGAACAACACCACCCUCCGGUCUGUGGACAUGAGCCGGGCGCUGCUCUUCAGCCUCCUGGAAGAGUGGGCUGUUCACUUCUCGAAGAUGCUUCCAGUGAACAGCACCCUGGUGGAGCUCCAUCUAGGUAAGAUGGGCCUGACAGACACGGGCAUGGAGAGGCUGUCUGAAGGCCUGAAGCUGAACCACAGACUGCGGUACCUGGACCUACGCUGCAACCUUGUGAGCCGGGAUGGCGCCCUGCAUCUCUCCAAAGUCUUGAAAGAAAACUGCCCUCUGGAGGUCAUUGAUCUGUCGUCCAAUCGGAUCGAAGACCCUGGCGCAGAGUAUCUGAGCGAAGCCAUCUGCUGCGAGGGCUCCGUCCUCAGAGAGCUUUCUGUCUGCAGAAACAACAUCGGUACCCGCGGCCUGCUGUCCUUGGCCCAGGCUCUGAACGACAGCUCCACUCUGACCCACAUCUACAUCUGGGGGAACCACCUGGAGGAGCCGGUCUGCCAGGCCUUCAGGGAGCUGCUCAGCAUCGGCCGCCUGACGCCUGAGCAGACCGACGUCAGGCCCUACGAGGUGGACGGCCAUGUUUUCCUCGCCGAACUCUUCCAUCGUUUGAGGAAACACCUUUUCUUUAUAGACGAUAACGAGCAGGACGCAGGUUCAUCCCCCACAACAGCAGCAAUCAAACACUCAGUGAAACAAUUUCAUCAGAGGAAAUGGGAGCAUAUUUACAUCCAAAAAGGUCGAAAUGUAAAAGAAUGAAAUAAAAGACAAUAAAGUUAAAUAAUUGUGAAUUUAUUUUCUUGUGCAACGUGAGAAUAAUUGUUGAC